AUGAUACAGACUUUCGGAACCUUGGAGAGUGACAAGGCGGUGAAAGGGGACACCCGUGCCAAAAUUGCAGGAUUGCUAACAAAGGCCACAAAUAUGCGCACAGUGUUUGGCUUGUUUGCCCGCGUAACCCUAUUUACCCCAUGUGAAGCAGUGGCACGAUCACUUCUAGGAACCAAAGUCACAGCUCUAGGAUCCAUGGAAGCUGGCAAACUCCUUUGCAAACAACUGGGCACACUGCGACAGGAUGAAACCAUCACUGACCUUGUGGCCAAGACCAAGCAAUAUGCAGAGCGUUACGGCCUGAAGCCGCCACAUCCAGUGCGCAGCAGCAAGACACCUGCACGCUUUCGCUAUACACAAGUGGAGGACGCCAAUGACCAAGAGUGCAGCGAAGUGGAGGUGUAUCCGAACGUGUGGAAAAGGGAGAUGUUUGAGGCGCUGGACCUGGUGCGCUCAGAAGUGGAGAGGCGUUUUGACCAGGUCGGAAUCCAAGUUGCUGCAGGGCGAGAGCAGGCGAUCAUUGAGGCAGCUCAAGGAAAAAAAGUGAAAGUGACUUCCCUGAAACUCACCGGUUUUACAAGAGAGCGACUAAGUCAUGAGUUGGACAUACUGUGGGAUAUCUGUACAGGGCGUGAAGUUAACACAAUUCGGGAUGUUGUGUCCAUUCUCCAAACCAUGCAACCACAAACCCGUUCCAUGCUGUCAGAGGUGGAAAAGCUCAUCAAACUAUGCCUGUGCCUGCCCAGAUCUGUCGCUGCAUCAGAGCGCUUCUUCUCGGCUUUGCGCAGGUUGAAAACCUGGCUGCGUAACACCAUGUCACAGGAGAGACUAACGCACUUGGCCAUCAUGAAUGCCCACAGUGAUCUCCUGAAUGAAAUCGAUGUCUCGACUCUGAUAAAAUUUUUUAUAAGUCGAACAACUGAAAGAAGAUCCACCUUUGGAAAUGCAUGA